AUGCAGUAUCAUCAGAUUAUUUUCUUCUUGUUAUUUCUGCUAAUAACAGAAAGUUUCACUUGGUUUGAUCAACAUCAUGAAUUUCGUACUAAAAGAUCCACAUCAGAUGAAUGUUGUGUUUCAUCUAAAAUUAAUGUUGCUUCAAAAAAAGCAAAUAUUGGUAGAGAAUUUUUUCGUCAUUUAUCUACAGAAGCUGAUUCAUACAAAGAAGUUAAUCCUGAAAAUAUGUGUAAUCUUAUUCAUUUUUUUAUUCAACAAGCAUCACUUAACAAUAAAACAAUAACAUUUACUAAAGGUAUGUUUGUUUUAUCUGAUUCAACCAAUACAAUUUUUGAACAAUUAAUGAAAGCAAAAAAUGAACAAAAAUCAGGUGAUGAUGCAAAAUAUGCAGGAUAUGGAAAACGCAUUAAACAUUUGGGUCAUAAAGCAUUAAAAGGUUUAUUUAAAAAACCUGAGACACCCUCCGAUACAUUUAUCUAUGUUCGUGGUGAUGAAAGUUCACAUUAUCAUGGAGAACGAGGAUCAAAACAAGAUCGAACACAAGAUUAUCCUGCUUAUGGAAUGGAUAUACCAGGAGCUUGUAUGCCUAGUGGUUUUGGUCAUAUAUUAUUUGGUAGACUUCCUUCAAUUAAAAAUCAAGGUAAAUAUAAUGGUGAACGUAUUUAUAUAAAACCUGAAUUCUUUGGUAUUCGUCACUUGAAACAAUUUUUUAAACAUGCUCAAUCUUACAUGGAAAGCAUAUCACGAAAAUAUGUUUGUCAAUUAGAAGAAAUGAAAGAAAAACCUGGUUGUUCAAAGGAAGAUGCAUUUCGAGAAAAUACUGAUAAAAAAUUACUUGAAAAAUGGCAUACAGUUUUAAUGACAAUUCCAUCUAUUUCAAAUCGUCAGGAAGACUUUUACAAAAAUGCUACAACAUAUGGAAUAGGCGAAAUUUAUCAACAAGCAAAACAAUUUGAAGCAACAAAUGAACAAGAUAAAGUUAAAGAUUUUCUUACGGAAAUGAUCAAACAAUAUGGAACUGAUGAUAUAAGUGUUCGAAAAGGUCGUGAAAUUAUAUUUACAACACAAGGAUUAUUAAAUAGUCCAUUAACUUGUGAAUUCUUGAGCUUUUUUGGUAGUCGAAAUAAAUUUUCAACAGUAGAAAUACAUUCAAAAGAAUGUUGUAUUCAACCGAAAAUAAAUGUAAAUUCGAAAAAAGCUAAUCUUGGCAAAAAUUUUCUUCGACAAUUAUCGAUUAAUUCUGAUAUAAUAUAUGAAAAAGUUAAUCCUGAAAAUAUGUGUAGUUUAAUACAUUUUCUUUUUCAACAAGCAUCAAUUAAUAAAAAGUCAGUUAUUGUUAAUGAAGAAAUGCUUAUUCUUUUCGAUUCAUCAAAUCUAGUUUUUAAUCGAAUAAUUCAAUCUAAACAACAUCAACAAUAUGAAACUAUUAAUGUAUCAAUUGAAUCUGAUAGAUAUUCUACAUAUGGAAUGGAUAUUCCUAAAUCAUGUUUACCAAAUAAGUUUGAUCAUAUUCUUUUUGGAGAACUUCCACCAUUUCUCAAUGAUUAUGAUGGUAAACGUAUGUUUAUUAAACCAGAACGUUUUGGUUUUGAAAAAACGAGAAUAUCUUCAAUAAUCAAUGAUGCUAUUCCAUUCAUAGAGCAAAAAGGAAAACAAAGAUUUUGUCGAUUGAUACAAGGAGAAACAAAAUCUGAAUGUCCAAAGAUACGAGCAUUUAAAACGAAUACUGAUAAAAUAAUAUUAAAAAAUUGGAUCAGAAUUUUAUCAAAACUUUCAUUAAAAUGGAAAAUUGAUAAACAAUAUAAAAGACGAGCAAUUAAAUAUGGUAUUUAUGAAAUUAAUCAACAAUCGAAGGAUUUAGAAACAAUUGGUGUUGAUAAAGAUGUAAAAAAUUUUCAAAAAUUAUUGAUUGAAAAAUAUGGACAAGAUGAUCUUAGGAAAAGACAAGGUCAAGAAAUUAUUUUUACUAUUACACAACUUAAACAAAGUCAUCUAACAUGUGAAUCAGCUAAUAAAAUAAAACAAUGUUAA